AUGUCGACAGGUAUGUUUACAACGAAGACCCGGGAUAUUGUACAAUUGAUCGACGAGCUUUGGAUCUGGAACAAUGUCCACGUUCGACAUUCCAUCGAGCAAAGUCUGGCGUGGAAUGGUAUAACGAAGGAUCAGCAGACUCCUAAAGCCGCAGAAGACGCAAACAGGCAAGCUACCAAUCUCCUGAAAACGCUGCAGCCGUAG